AUGAGCGAUCCUUCUUACGAAUUACCGGUAUCUAAUCGUUCUAUUACAUUGUUCCAUCACAAUUUGGCGUGCGAGUUAGUAGCGGCCGUUCUCCGGUCGGUUGUCUUUUCGGGCUCUUGUUGGUGCAGCUGCGAUGGCCGAUGCUGUCGUCGCCUAUCUAUUUCCCGUGGAAGCCCAGGUCAAUCAAAUGGCGAGAUUUCAGAUACACACCGACAUGGACCAGAGGAUUCACGAGCGUUUAAUCAGAGUCCGAGCCGUCUACGUGAAUUUUCCGUAGAAACUGCAACAGGAUUAUACGGGUUGGGAUCGGAAGAGACGGGUACAACUUUUGAAAAGAAUGUGGGAGAUCGUUAA